CCUUCGGCGGCAGAGGAGAAAAUGGCCAAAAUGGAGGUCAAGACGUCACUUUUAGACAACAUGAUAGGGGUGGGAGACAUGGUUCUUUUAGAGCCACUUGAUGAAGACUCAUUCAUCAAUAAUCUGAAAAAGCGCUUUGAUCACAAUGAAGUAUAUACAUACAUCGGCAGUGUGGUGAUAUCAAUAAACCCCUACAGAUCUCUACCCAUUUAUACUCCAGAGAAAGUGGAAGAAUACAGAAACAGAAACUUUUAUGAACUCAGUCCUCACAUCUUUGCUCUGUCAGAUGAAGCAUACAGAUCUUUAAGGGACCAGGACAAAGACCAGUGUAUCUUGAUUACCGGAGAGAGUGGAGCUGGAAAAACAGAGGCAAGCAAACUUGUCAUGUCAUAUGUAGCCGCUGUGUGUGGAAAAGGGGCAGAGGUUAAUCAAGUAAAAGAACAACUUUUGCAGUCAAAUCCAGUUCUUGAAGCUUUUGGAAAUGCCAAAACUGUGAGGAAUGACAACUCUUCUAGAUUUGGAAAAUAUAUGGAUAUUGAGUUUGAUUUCAAGGGUGACCCACUUGGAGGAGUUAUAAGCAACUAUCUGCUAGAGAAGUCUCGUGUUGUUAAGCAGCCCAGAGGUGAAAGAAACUUUCACAUUUUCUAUCAGAUACUGUCUGGUGCAUCGGAAGACUUCCUCUGUAAACUCAAACUGGAGCGGGACUUCAGCAGAUACAACUACCUGGGCCUUGAUUCUGCCAAAGUGAAUGGAGUAGAUGAUGCUGCAAACUUCAGAACAGUUAGGAAUGCAAUGCAGAUUGUUGGUUUUAUGGAUCAUGAAACACAGUCUGUUUUUGAAGUGGUGGCAGCCGUUCUGAAAUUGGGAAAUAUUGAAUUUAAGCCUGAAUCUCGUGUGAAUGGCCUAGAUGAAAGUAAAAUCAAAGAUAAAAAUGAACUCAAGGAAAUCUGCGAGUUGACGGGUAUAGACCAGUCUGUAUUGGAAAGAGCUUUCAGCUUCCGGACGGUUGAAGCCAAGCAAGAGAAAGUUUCAACAACGCUAAAUGUGGCUCAGGCUUAUUACGCCCGUGAUGCUCUGGCUAAGAAUUUAUACAGUCGACUGUUCUCUUGGCUUGUUACCAGAAUCAAUGAGAGCAUUAAGGCACAAACAAAAGUGAGAAAGAAGGUAAUGGGGGUGCUGGACAUCUAUGGCUUUGAAAUUUUUGAGGACAACAGCUUUGAGCAAUUCAUUAUCAACUACUGUAAUGAGAAGUUGCAGCAGAUCUUCAUUGAACUUACCCUCAAAGAAGAGCAGGAGGAAUACAUCCGAGAGGGGAUUGAAUGGACUCAUAUUGAGUAUUUCAACAAUGCUAUAAUUUGUGACCUAAUAGAAAAUAACCAAACUGGAAUCCUGGCCAUGCUAGACGAAGAAUGCCUGAGACCAGGAACUGUUACUGAUGACACCUUUUUAGAAAAACUGAACCAAGUCUGUGCCACUCACCAGCAUUUUGAGAGCAGGAUGAGCAAGUGCUCCCGGUUCCUCAACGACACCUCCUUGCCCCACAGCUGCUUCAGGAUUCAGCAUUACGCUGGCAAGGUUAUGUACCAGGUGGAAGGAUUUGUUGACAAAAAUAAUGACCUUCUGUACCGUGACCUCUCCCAGGCCAUGUGGAAGGCCAGUCACUCUCUCAUCAAAGCGUUGUUCCCAGAAGGUAACCCCGCUAAGAUCAACCUAAAGAGACCACUGACGGCAGGUUCACAGUUCAAGGCUUCGGUUGCUACCCUGAUGAAAAAUCUUCAGACAAAAAAUCCAAACUACAUCAGGUGCAUCAAACCCAAUGACAAGAAGGCUGCACACAUUUUCAAUGACGCCCUGGUGUGCCACCAGAUCCGCUACCUCGGUCUUCUGGAGAACGUCCGGGUCAGAAGGGCAGGUUAUGCGUUCAGGCAGGCGUACGAGCCUUGCCUGGAAAGGUACAAAAUGCUGUGUAAGCAGACGUGGCCCCACUGGAGAGGGCCAGCCAGGGCUGGAGUAGAUGUACUGUUUAAUGAAUUGGAAAUCCCUGAAGAAGAAUUUUCAUUUGGUAGAUCAAAGAUAUUCAUCCGCAACCCAAGAACGCUCUUCAAACUAGAAGAUCUGAGGAAGCAGCGGUUGGAGGACUUGGCUACUCUAAUUGGGAAGAUUUAUAGAGGUUGGAAGUGCCGCACACGCUUCUUGUUAAUGAAAAAAAGCCAGAUUGUGAUUGCUUCCUGGUACAGGAGAUAUGCACAACAAAAAAAGUAUCAGAAGAUAAAGAGCUCGGCUAUUAUAGUACAGUCUUACAUCAGAGGAUGGAAGGCUCGGAAACUUCUUCGGGAACUUAAGCAUCAGAAGCGUUGUAAUGAGGCUGCCACAAUAAUUGCCGCUUAUUGGCAUGGUACCCAGGCGCGAAGGGAACUGAGACGACUGAAGGAGGAGGCUAGAAAUAAACAUGCUAUUGCUGUUAUUUGGGCUUACUGGCUUGGAUAUAAGGCUCGAAGGGAAUUGAAACGCUUGAAGGAGGAGGCUAGGCGUAAGCAUGCUGUUGCAGUCAUUUGGGCUUACUGGCUUGGACUGAAGGUCCGUAGAGAGUACAGGAAAUUCUUCAGAGCCAAUGCUGGAAGAAAAAUUUAUGAAUUUACCCUUCAGAGACUUAUGCAAAAAUACUUCCUGGAAAUGAAGAAUAAGAUGCCUUCUUUAUCACCAAUAGAUAAAAACUGGCCAGCGAGACCUUACCUUUUCUUGGAUUCAACUCACAAGGAACUAAAGAGGAUUUUCCAUUUGUGGAGGUGUAAGAAGUACAGAGACCAGUUCACAGAUCAGCAGAAGCUUAUAUAUGAAGAAAAACUGGAAGCGAGUGAACUUUUCAAGGACAAGAAGGCUUUAUAUCCAGCCAGUGUUGGGCAGCCGUUCCAAGGGGCUUACUUGGAAAUCAGCAAGAACCCCAAGUACAAAAAACUUAAAGAUGCUGUGGAUGAAAAGAUCAUUAUUGCAGAAGUUGUGAAUAAGAUCAACAGAGCUAAUGGGAAGGCUACAUCCAGGAUUUUCUUAUUAACCAAAAAUAAUGUUCUUCUUGCGGAUCAAAAAUCUGGGAAUAUCAAGUCAGAGGUUCCACUGGGAGAUGUUACCAAAGUGUCCAUGAGCUCCCAAAACGAUGGCUUCUUUGCAGUGCACCUCAAGGAGGGUUCGGGAGCAGCUGGUAAAGGAGAUUUCCUGCUCAGCAGCGAUCACCUUAUUGAAAUGGCCACUAAACUUUACCGCACUACUCUCAGCCAAACCAAACAGAAGCUCAACAUUGAGAUAUCUGAUGAGUUUCUGGUCCAGUUCAGACAAGACAAAGUGUGCGUGAAGUUCAUACAAGGCAGCCAGAAAAACGGCAAUAUCCCAACUUGCAAGCGAAAAAACAAUCGGCUUCUUGAAGUGGCUGUCCCUUAACUGCAGCUGGUGACUCUCCCUUUCAUGGACUUGUUUCUUUGUAAUAGUGCAAUUUUAGUUGUUUGGUUUUGCUGUUUUUAUCCCUUUCUGGAGCUGUUGACGGCUAAUAGCUUUAGAAACCCUUGGCAAAACAUUUGAUCAAUCGACUUUUUAAUCUUUUUUGUUCAUGCCAGAGUUUUAACCCUCAAAAUGCAGAUUUUUACCCAGUGAGGCAUUUUUACCAGCUGGCACAUAUCUGUCAUACACGAAUCAUUCUCUUUGUUUAGCGGUCGUAUUUUAGUGCAGCAUACCGUAAACCCGCAUAUUAAUGAUAAAUUACUCAUAUUCCUUAGUCUAGAGAUCUGCUUAACAGGAACUAUGCAUGGCCUUGAUGCUUGAUGGCCACUCGUGCCCAGUGUCUUUUUAUACCGACCUGUUCUGGUGUUCUGACAGGCUCCUUGCUUGCCACCGCUGGGGAGACUCACUAACUCCUAUAGUUAACACUAGGACCUAUGUAACUUGAUCUUUUAGUCAGUACAGCACAGGAACAUCUAAUUCUGCAAAACAGAAGGAAUGUAUGAUUAUACAAGCAGCUAUAUGCAUAAUUUUAUAGUAAAAAAUGCAGAAAUUUUGAAACAGGAUUUUUAAUUAGGUCAAGUGUUUUUAAUGACUCUAUACAGUAGAAAUCAGUAAAAUUAAAAAAGCUUGUUUCUUUCACAAAAGCUAUACCGUUCGAGGCAUAUUUUCUGUUCUGCUUUUUUUGUUUUAAAUUAUCAGUUAAGGUUAGAGCCUGAAAAAUGCAAUAGUAUUCAAUACACAAGUAAAUGCUAGGUAUUUAAACAGUUAGUUAUCAAGCAAAAGGUUUGAGCCUUUCUUUUAGAUAUCGGCAUGUACAAUGUGCAAUAAAACAUACCUGACGUUUUGUGAAAAAUUAUUUAUAAUGCCUUUUUGUGUGCAAGAGAGAGGAUUGGUGCAGACUGCAUAGACAAGGUAGGGGUUAAAAUAAAUUUGUGUUAUUAAUUUGCAGUUUUUUAGAGUGUACACUACAGUUGUCAAUUUGGGAAGAAUACUUAGAAUUAAAGAAAUCCUUAAUUUGGGGGUCUGUAUAUAAAUUGGUAUUACAGUAAUAAAACUGUUCUAAUUCUGUGCUGGUUGGUACUCCUAUGUUAUAACCAUAUUUUUGUACUCCAAACUAUUUUAUAUAACUUGUGUGCCUGAUGUAAAUGCGUGCACAGAAAAUACAAUCAAGAGCUGCAUUAUAAACUUUCAGUGUAACAGAUUGCACUUAAUCUUUUGUAAGCCAGAAGCAUUAGUUGAAAUCCUUAAGAGGAGAGAUGCAUUUUUAGAUAGAAGUAACUACUCAAGUGAAGGGUUUGUUGGAUGUGACUGUUUGAUUUCUUGAUGCAAGGACAGUUGAGAAAGCAUUGUAUUUUUGCAGUCUGAUAUAGGACAGAUUAAGACCCUGGAUAUCUGAUGUGCAGUGCUGGAAGUCCAAGCAUAAAUAAAGGAAAGAUAAAUAAAAGUUCAGAGUCUCUUUACUCUCCCAAUGGUAAAGUUAUGUAGCUCUGAUGGCUGCGAAGGCUCCUCUGGGCAGUUCAACGUUAACGUUGGCUCUCCGUGUUAAAACAGCAUUUACUGCGAUAGAUGUUCUAGUGCUAAUGGUUAUCAGUCUGAAAAAAACAGCUGGUUUGUGUAGUACCACAUUUUGCUUUGGGAUUAAACUAAAUGGUUUUGCUAUGAUUUGGAGACAAAACAAUUGUUUUAACUGGUUGCUUUAAUGUUGCUGUUAAAAGUCCCUGCACGUGACCUUGCGAGGUGGGAGUAAUCAAAAGAUGUAUUUCCCAAACUGUAACAAAAAGUUGCCUCUUCCUUAUGAUCUUAGUUUGAACCCUUCUUUUAGUAAUUGAGUCAGGUUAGUAGUUUAAUAAUUUUAAAUAAUUUUAUAUAUAUGGUAAUUAGAGAUGCUUACGAAGGAAAUCUUAGUAUUGAUUUGUAAUGCAAAAUUAGGAUACUUCAAAGGAAUUAUUCCGUAGCCUUAAGAAGACAGCACAUAAUAACAUGGCAUUUAAAAUGCCUAAAUCCUGUAUUAGAAUUCCUGCUUGGUAAAGAUUGGAGGGUUUGUAAAACUGUUCACUAUCUUGAAAACCUUACAGUAAGAACCACAAGGAAAAAUUUUUAAAAUGAAUACAAAAGUAAGGAAAACAAACAUUUGAAGUCUGAUGUAAUCCUGUAGUUGCUUGCAGGUAGGAAAUGGGAGAGUUUAGAUUAAGUACAUCUGGAUGUUUGGUCCAUGAAAUUAGGGUAUUACAGGAUAAUACUAGGAUAUUUGACCCAUCCCAGCCAGACCCAGUACAGAUCCCUUUUAUUUUUUUGAUCUUUGCAGCAAGCCAUGAUAGCCAUACCUGCCAAAGACUGGAAGAGGGACAAAUUCCUCACUUUGAUUUCUGUUGUUUCAUUUCUUUUUCUGGACCUUUACAAUUUUUACCUUGCGUAUUAGCUGGUACUUUGUGAUAGUUACCAUUUGACACUUAAAUAUUUCUCAACGUACAGAGUGAGUUUUGCUGAACAUGAAUUAUUUAGAUAUGCUAGAUGGGUCAUGGUAUCUCGAUGUUUAGAUUUAAGUAUUUAGGCUGUUGAAAAUAAAAAUGCAAGGUCACCUACUUUUUUUUUUUUUUCUUCUUUUCCUCUGUUUUCUUUUAUAACCGUAUGUCAAAUGGAGUGGUAAAGAGAAGACUAU